AUGGAGAUUAGCUUCCAGGCUAUUGCCUAUCCGGUUAGCAGGGAUCUGAGUACAUGUACCUAUCUUAACUUAUACCUUGCACUGUGUUACCUACUUUGUACAACUGCAAGACAACUCCGCUCCACUUCACCUCGCACUUGCAMCCACAUUCCCCGCGCUUUGGAUUCCUGGGUAUCUGUUCGGUUCCGAUUGCAGUCAACAAUCACCAGCAUCGCUCCUAGCCCAUCCACAACAAUCACAGUAGAUCCUAUUGCCACGGAUUCCUCGGUAACCACGGACACGCAGAGAAAUGGAUUGUCAGCCGAUAGCGGCGUAAAUCCGAUUGCUCUACCGAGUGGUAGCGAAAGUGAGGGCGACUUUGCGGAACUUGGACGCUCCAUGUCGUUGCCAAAGUAUCUCAUGCCCACCCCGACUUUCUCCAGCUCGAUGCCGCCUCCUGCUGCUCCAAGUCUAACGGGAGAGUCUGCAAAUGAUGACAGUCGAACUGCAUGCUUCAAACAGGCACCACCGCCCCAUAUCGUCGCCAGAUUAGCGGACGUUUACUUUUCCAACUGCCAGAAUCAGCCUUACUGCUUCUUUCAUGAGGGUAACAUGCGUAAGCGGCUCAAUACUGGCGACCUUCCUCAAUAUUUGCUGCUUGUUUUUGCAGCCUCCGCGGUGCGAUAUAGUCGGGACGACUACUUCAAACCAAAUCCACUAUUGGCAGUUUCGACCUACGCAUCGCAGGCGUGGGCUAUGCUUCGAACCCACGUCUUUGAAAGCGAAUCUUGCCCUGAUCUUGAAGCGGCGCAAGCMACGACGCUUCUCGCUGUCAUUGACUUUACUGCUGGUCAACAUCGCCAGGCAUGGGUCAAAAUCGGUCUGGCCAUUCGUUUAGUCCAAGAUCUGAAACUCAACCUCGAACCCGACUCUUCCCUUCCAUACUGGCAGCAAGAAGAGCGUCGCAGAGUUUUCUGGUCCGUGUACCUUCUCGACAGAUUAUUUGCCUGUGGUAACGAUCGACCCGUCUCCAUUCUCGAUACCGACUGCACUGUGAGGCUCCCGCGCGAUGAAGAAUCCUUUCGUGUGGGAUCCGAUGUGAGCGACACACCUACUUUGGCGAUUCUGCAAACCCCAUGGCAGUCAGACUCAAUACAGCACAUGGGCUUCUCAGUUCUAAUCCUUAUGACUUCUUUACUUGGGCGCACUGUGACGUACACAUCUCGAAAUGAAACGGCUAAUGUGCCUUGCUGGGACCCGCGAAGUGGAUUUGCUGAAAUUAGUAGCAUUCUGAUGAGCUUUGAGAGCAUGUAUGGUGCAGUUUCUGGAGACCUCACAAAGCACAUCAACGACCUCUACGGCACAUAUGAAGGCUACGAUCGACAGCGGGUCGGACACUUUAUAUGGUCUCGUGCUUUGUACCACUUCUGUGGGGCCAUGUUGUAUCGACCUCAUCACCUAUACAAGCAUCGGCGGAACUGGAAAAACAAUUUCCCUGACAGCUUUGCUCGAGGGGCUCUUGAUCAAUGUCGACAUCACAUUGCGCAGAUAACCAAUGUCCUCGAGACGGUGCGGAAGACAGGGUGUUGUGCGCGUGGCAGCUCUCUGGGUUAUAUUGCAUCUUGCGCUGCAUCCAUGCACAAGAUAUUCUUGCACUCUCCGGAUGAGACGAUUGCAUCUCAAGCAGCUUGUGGUCUGGACACGUGCUUGCAAUUUCUGCAGCAACCUCCGCUAGCCUGGCCCAAUUACAGUAUGAUGAUCAAAGCUGUGAAAGAAUUCGAUCUUGAUCACGAGCUUGCAAAACAUCUAGUCGACCCACAACUUCCACCGAGUAUUCACAUUGAAAAGUCCCAGCUGGAAAAACUCCAGUCGAUGUUGGAUUAUGCUUGGUUGAGUGAUCGCAGCCGAGGAAUCGACACGGCCCCAACCACUGCAGGUUCCGUCGGCGAUCAAGGCGACUGGGCAUUUCUUGGAAGCUUCGACGAUAUGCCACCUUUUUACGGUCUGACGGGCGACGUUUCUAGUCCUUCUCUUUCACAGCAGUUUCAUACAGACGCUUUCCAACAUGGGCGAGGUCUCUCUGCGGAAUUUGGAGAAUUGCUUCCUGCGUGA